AUGGAUAGUCAUAAUUUUCCUUCACUUUUAGAAACUUGGGAGAUUGAGGCACACAGUAGCAGAAUAUCUAUGAGUGGCGGAUUGAUACUAGCUGGAGUGGGGUUGGCUGCGGCUGGAUUUGGUGCGCGUUAUUUGCUUCGAAAUCAAGCAUUGAUCAAGAAAGGACUCGAAGCUCUUCCCGGAGGUGUGUUCGACAAAUAUCACCGUGGUGGGUUUGAACCAAAGAUGACAAGGAGAGAAGCUGCCAUGAUUCUUGGAGUACCAGCUACAGCAAAGCCGAAUCGGAUUAAAGACGCUCACAAGCGUAUUAUGAUCGCUAAUCAUCCAGAUCGAGGUGGCUCACCAUAUAUCGCUGCUAAGAUAAAUGAAGCCAAGGAUUUAUUGGAGUCAUCGAAAAGUUGA